GGUCAAACCAGAUUCUUGAAAAGCUGAGCUUUUAUGGAGACUAGCCCACUCACAUGUUCCCUGCGUCGUCAUCAGCUUCCACUGAGCAAGAGUGAACCACGCCGUUUCAGAAAAGGAAACAAGUAAGUCACACUUACAAUACACCGUCUCCAAUUUUCACCAUUUCUUCUUCUUUCUUCUCAGUUCCAAAAUCACCCCAUUUCAUCUUUAUUGCAAAAUUGGAACCACCAAUUCCAUUUCAGCUCAAUCUGAAACCCACUUCACUAUGGCCCCAAUUUUCACUUCCCUUCGCUUCACCGUACUUGCUCUUUUUCUCGUCUUCUUCCACCGAACCCUAGCUUCCGACCCAAUCGCUUCGUUUUCGUUUACGGAUUUUCAAAAGGACCUGGAAUUUAAGUCUACUGUGGUUCUUCUUGGCAAUGCGAAGAUCGUUCCGUUUGAUGAUGGCUCCGCGAUUCAAAUUUCCGGCACCGGACGAGUCAUGUACGAGAAACCCAUCUUGCUUGUGGAAGGUAAAUCAAGAAAAUUAGUCUCUUUCUCGACUUACUUUGCAUUUUCCAUGUCUUCGAAGGAAGAGAAUGGUUUGGGUUUUGUUGUAGCGUUUGGUAAUGAUAGCUUAUAUGGGAGUUCUUUUGAAUUGACAAAUAGAAACUUUCUGGGUAAUGUUCUUGAAGUAACCAUUUCAAGAGAUGGUAAUGGUAGAAAUAGUAGCUCAGUUAUAGCUAAAAUUAAUGACGCUGCUUCCACUGCGAAAAUGGGUAUGAAAAGUGAGCAAAAGCUUCAUGUCUGGAUUGAUUAUAAAGCGAGUUCCUCACGCUUAGAAGUCAGGUUGAGUCAAUAUGGCAAUUUAAGGCCAUUUCAUCCAUUUCUAUGGCACAAAAUCAACAUGUCCAUGAAAGAGAAGAAGGAAAUGUUUGUGGGAUUUAGUACUGUGGAGGAGAACACAUCUGAAACCUGUUUUCUUCAUUUAUGGAACUUCACAUCAAGGCUAUUCCCAUAUUGGAUACAUUCAGAGCCUCUGAAUCCAAAUGCUAUUGAUAAGAAGAGUGAAAAUCUGAGCGUGGAACCAAAGUGUGAUUGCUUUUUCAGCGUAGUUUCUGCAAUGCUGAUUGGGGUUGGAUUUGGAGGAUUGAUAGGUUUCAUUGUGCUAUUUUGGAACAAGUUUGGGAAUAGAAGACCAGUGGUGCCGGAGGAGUGUGUGGAUGAGGCGUUUGAAUACAAGAAAGUUGUGGACAAAAGUGGCAUCAAUGGUGGUAUGAAGAAGUAGAUGAUUUUGUCUUCGAGUUGUAUUUCAUUUGUCUACGUAAAUUAGUCCUGGAAACAUUGUUGUGACUAAACUCUAUGCUUAAGCCUUUCGGUGAAACAGAUUUAGGAUUAAUUUACAUAGAGGAAUGGAUUAAAAAACUUGAACCUAUGCCGCUUCAAAAACCAAGCUUUUGCUGUACCCUAAAUUAACUAAUGUAUCGUUUUGCUCCUCAACAUUGGGAAGUAGGGAAAUAGACCUUCUAAAUUUAAUUGUAUCGUUUUUUGCUAUCAUUUUAGAUUUAAUAUCUUUUAUUUAAAAUAA